CAGUCGCUAAAGUCCACGUCAUCUUGUUUUUUUUUAGCUACUGACACACAGGCUGCAAUGCUUCUCAUUUCCCACAAGAUGGCGACAAUGGGACACCAAAUCUCAGUUUGAUAAGGAACCAUCAUGAAUCCACCCUGUGGGAGAUGCAGCAAACCGGUUUAUCCAACAGAAAAGAUAAACUGCCUUGACAAAUUUUGGCACAAAUGUUGUUUCAGCUGUGAAGUUUGCAAAAUGGCUCUGAGCAUGAACAACUACAAAGGCUUUGAGAAGAAACCUUACUGCAGUAUGCAUUACCCGAAAACCUCUUUCACAAUUGUGACUGACACACCUGAGAAUCUGCGGCUCAAACAACAGAGCCAGCUCAACAGUCUGGCUCUUUACAAAGAGGACUUUGAGAAGAACAAGGGGAAAGGUUUCAGCGUUGUGGCCGACACUCCAGAAAUGCAGAGACUGAAGAAGACGCAAGACCAGAUUAGCAACAUAAAAUAUCACGAGGAAUUUGAGAAGAGCAAGAGUCGCAGUGAUGCUCCUCCUCCAGAAAACAGGAAAGACCUUGAGGAACAGCAGAACCCUCAAAGAUUUGCUGCUGAAAUGCAACCUGUUGCUAGAGCUCCACCUGGUGGAGGGAAACGCUAUCAGGCCUUGUACAGCUACACAGCGGCAGAGGCAGAUGAGGUUUCCCUUCAGGAGGGGGACCUGAUCUUGGAUGCAGAGCCGAUAGACGAGGGAUGGAUGUUCGGAAGUAACCAGCGUACAGGCCAGCGGGGAAUGCUUCCGCUGAAUUACGUUCGACCCGUGUGAGACUAACGCUUUGUCACCAUCUUAUAUGGAAAUAAAGAUGAGAGAAAACCG